AUGAAGAGCGAGGUCACAGUAGGGAAAUGGAUGUGGGACUCGGCAGACAAGUCGAGUAAAGAUGGCAGCACACAGUAUCCUCGCACAACCUUGGGCGUGUGGAUGGGUGUAGAUGACCUGAAUUCGGGCCUCCCGUCGUUCUCGUCGCACGUUGUACUUUCCAAGGAAUCGGAGAACCGUUACGAUACCUGUGACUCUUGA